CUCAUCAAGCCUUUUUCUCUUCCUCAGACCAACCCGCACUUUCCACCCGUUCCUCUCGCUUUUCAACCCAACACAAUCCCGAACAUCACCAUGCGUUUCACUACCAUUGCCUGCGCUCUCGUCGCUGCCGCCACUGCCUUUGCUGCCCCAGUUCGCAAGAACAGUGCCACCAGCGUCCUCAACUACGCUCUGACGCUUGAGCACCUCGAGUCCGAAUUCUACAAGCAGGGUCUCGCCAAAUUCGACGAGUCCAGCUUUACCGACGCCGGCUUCGAUGCCAAGGUCCGCGACCGCCUCGUCCACAUCGGUGAGCACGAGAGUGACCACGUCUCGACCUUGACUUCCGUCAUCAAGAGCCUCAAGGCCAAGCCUGUGCCCGUCUGCGAGUACAACUUCCCCAUGGACAACAUCACCCAGUUCUUGGCCAUCGCUCAGGCUCUCGAGAACACCGGUGUCUCUGCAUACCUCGGUGCUGCUUCCGGUCUCAGCGGCGAUCUCUUGACUGCUGCCGCCCAAAUCACCACCGUUGAAGCCCGCCAUGCCUCCUAUCUCAACGAGCUGUGGGGUCAGCUCGGUGCCCCAUACUCCUUCGACACUGCUCUCUCCUCUGAGCAGAUCGUCACUAUCGCCACCAGCUUCAUCAAGAGCUGUCCCUAUGAUCUCGGAGUCAAGCCCUUCAACCACUUGACCGCGACUCUCCCCUCUGAGGACUCAACCAAGGUCACCACCGCCUUCACUGGCAAGGGUGCCAACUCCAAUAAGACCUACUGUCAGUUCUUGUACGGAAACAAGAACGCUGUCUCGCCCCGCAGCGAGUGUACGCUCCCCGCUGAUGCUGAGGGUUACGUCUUUGUCAUUGUCACCGACUCCAAAACCCCUGUUACCCUCACCUCCCAGAGCAACAUCUUGGCUGGCCCUACCCUGCUCUUCAGCGGCACCCACAUGCACUAAAAGACUUUCUGUUGCCAGUAGCUACUCCUAACCCUUGUAAACAGCACCGUAUCCACCACUAUAUUACUAACUUAUAAUUGCUAUUAAAGAAGAAACGCGUG